AUGGAGACAAAAACGUACAGUGAAGUGUUGUGUAAUUUUCUGCUGGGCUUGCACGCGUACAGAGGUAGCCCCGACUAUGUAUCCAGUGACUCGAUUGAAAAGGAGUUCAAUGGAGUGAUGAAAGAGAUCCCUAUCAAUAAUUUUGAUGAAAAUUCUUACGACAAAUUCCUUCCUGAAUAUUUACAAAUUACGAAUAGAAAGAACGAUUCGUACAGCGAAAUAUGA